AUGAAAUUGCAUUCAGUUUCUGACGAAGAGCAGCCACCUGUCUAUGUCCCAGGUAUGAUCUUUGAAUGGUUGCCACAUUUAAUUUGACUUGUUGGGUAGUGAAUUGGGCCAGGACCUGAUUCGGAUUCACUCUGUGCAUACGGCACAUGCACUCUUAUCUCGGCAACUUUGGAGCAACGGGUUAUAAAAUAAGAUUGGGGUUCUGUUUGUAACUUUGGGGAGAGGGCUAGAAGUAAAAGAGUUCAAAUGAUAACUUAGGGAUACAACUGUUUCAGGUCCUUUAGGGGGGCUGGAAAAAUCAUGGCGUGCUUUUAGGCACCAUCAUCUCAUUUUCACAGGUUGGCAGCCAGCCUUUAGGUGCUCCUCCUAGACCUAGAGAAAUGGCUUAAAGCUGUCAUUUAGCAACAUUUGAUCUCUAGCUGCUCAUAUUUACAUGUUUAUUUACUUGCAAUUGACCUUCUCUUCCAUCAUGGAGCCCAAGGUAGCAUGCAUGCACAUGCGGUUCUCAGGCAGUCUCCCACCCAGCACUAACCAGACCUAGACCUGCUCAGCUUCCCAAAGGUGGUGGCAUCAUGUUCCUUCUGGCCCUAUCCUGGGAGUAGAUCAAACAUUGAAUAAUAUCAUUGUACACACUGACGAAUUAGAUCCGGCCUUUUGAGUUUCAUUUGCCUGCCUAGCCAACUCCCUGUUGGCCCUUCCUUACUCAGAAGUCUUAGAGAAGGUGAGGCAGAGUUUUGUUAGCCUGCUUUGACCUGCUUUUAUAUUCUGUUUUUACUGAGAGAAGAAAAAAAAUUCAUGGAUAAUUUUAACAAGAUAACACAGCUGACAGCAAGUCCAAUGUGCUCUCUGCUCCCAUGAUAAAUAUUUUUGUCAGCACCAGAGACUAAUCGUGCUAAUUGCUGCCACCCACCCACUUCUUGGGUGCUGGCCAGGCCCUUCAAAGCCAGAAAGAAGUCCAAGGUGCAGGGUGCUUGGUGUUGGGCAGGGUUAUAAUUGGGCCUUCUCAAGUGUGGGUUGGUUUGUUUUUGUUCAUGAAGAGUUUUUCUUGGGCUGGGCUGCUGCCUAAGCUUUUUUUGGGGGGGGUUGCUGUUUUCAUAUCCUCUUUUUGUGGGAAGCUUCAGUGUGGGAGGUGCAUUGUAAGAACAACUCCAAGUUUUCCUGAUCUUCUCUGUUCAAUCUCUAGGUAUUUCCACAGAGAGGAAUUUUAGAGCAAGAUACCUGCUGAAAGGUCAGAAAGUGGAGGUGAAAGCAAAGGUGCCUGUAGCUGCUGCUCCUGCUCCAAUGGAUGCCUGGAAAAGUGCAGGCCAAGCGCCUGGGCAGCAGGUCAGUACGGAGAAGGGCAAAUGAAACCAGAACUCUUGAGAGCUUUGUCAAAAAGAGGCAUGUCCUUCUGCUCCCCCUAUUUGGGGCUGGGAGGGAGUGGGAGGGGGCAGAUUGGCUGUAACAGCAGUAAGCAUUACAAUCCCAUUUCAUUCAGUUCCUAGGAGAAGAAGAUACAUCUGGGGUCACCAGUUGUGGUUCUUGUGGCACCCAUGGAAUCCCCUCCCCAUUAGCCUGGUGCCGAAAGGUUAUAAGUGUUGUCACCAGGCAAACCUUCCCAGAGAGUAAGUGCAGGAACUGCGGUGAAUUGUUUUUUGCCUGUAUCUUCUCCGUUCUCGUGCGUGAUUCUUUCUGAGAGUUUGUUGCAUAACCUCAGAAGCGAAAGAAGGGGCAUUUCUGCCUGAAUCCUGUGGAUCUUGGUGGCUUGGUAAAUCCUUGUUUUGCGAUGCUGCUUCAGCUGCCUGAUUCCACCUCAAAUGUCAAGGUGAAGAGGAAGCCAAGCUGUUUACUGUGCUGUUCUCUGCACAAAGUACCAGCAAACACCAGAAAAUAGAGAAGAAGACUGUGCUAACCUAGCUUUGGUCAAAGCAGAAUGACCUACUGGCAUGGUUGAGAUUGCAUUGAAACAAGCAGUUAGUAGCCUAAGCCUUAUGCCCUCCUCUCACUCAUGGCAAUGCCAUGCCGCUUAUUUUGCUCUGUACGUCCUUUAGCAAAGUUUUCUCCAUGGCUUAAAGAGCUGCCAGCCAUUUCUGGCUUGGUGUAGCCACCCUUCUGGUCUGUGUGCAGCUCCUAUAUUGGAGUAAUGCAUCACUUACACAACAACAUACAGUGCAGAGCUAAUAAUUUUAUUAGUUUUUGAAUACUUCUUUGAAAGGAGUAGCUGGACCCAGAAGGGCAUGUUUUCUUGGUAAUGUCUAGCCACAACUCCCAGUCAUGCUCUUGAAGAGGCAUCACAUAGAAGAGAUACACACCCUUUGUUCAUUCUUUGUGAUCUGUGCCACAGGCCUCUGUUGGCAAGAAAUGGCAAGCUCUUCAGAGGGGGAAAAAGCAUUGUGUUGUUAGCCUUUGGCCAAUUUAAAGUGGCACCUAAGGGGAUGGAGACAUUCAUGGGUUCGAAGACUCAAAAGAUGAAAGGGAACAGUUCUAAAAUCACUGAAGACUGCCUUGUAUUUGAUGACUUGCCUAGUAGCCACAGGCAACCAGGAUUUUCAUGCAGGUGACUGAGCAGCCAGCUCACUUGAUUUCUUGGCUAACUGUAAAGGAAGAGUAGUCUUAUCUCAUCCACAGUCAGCACAAAAAACACAGUGGACUAUCAGAGUGUCUCUCCUCCACCAUCCAUCAUGGAAGAAGGCACUUUUUAUUGUGUUUCCAUGCUGACUUUGGAGAAGGGGGCAAAACAAAUAUUGCAGGCUAGUAACUUUUUGACUUACAGUGGUACCCCGGGUUACAGAUGCUUCAGGUUACAGACUCUGCUAAUCCAGAAAUAGUACCUCGGGUUAAGAACUUUGCUUCACGAUGAGAACAGAAAUCGUGUGGCGGCGGCAGUGGGAGGCCCCAUUAGCUAAAGUGGUACCUCAGGUUAAGAACAGUUUCACAUUAAGAAUGGGCUUCCAAACUGAAUUAAGUUCUUAACCCAAGGCACCACAGUAUUUGUAAGGCUAGCUGAAGAAGUACCCUUCUCCCCUUUGUGUACAAAAUGGAAGCAGCAGGAUGAAGGAGAACUGCUGCUGCUGCAUCCUUGUUGAGCUCUUCUUGUCCUGGCAAGAGUACAGCUAUGGGGCUGGGGCCCUGUGCUGUAGGAUCACCCUAUACUAGUUAUUAGAGGGUUGAGUUGUUGUCACGUCACCAGAAAAAUGGAUGGUUGUUUUCAACUCUUGCACAAAGCAGAGACACAAAUACCUAGACGGGCUGGGAUCUAAGGAAUACUCAUGUUUAUAUGGAUGUCUGAAUUGUGUAUAUAUGUGUUUGUGUCAAAAAAAGGUUCUAAAAUUUAAAUAUAUUUGUAUUAAAUUUUUAUUAAAUUUUCAACAAAAGUAACAAAAAUAAAACAACAACAACCACCACAAACAAAUAUACACACAUACAAGCAGCAUCCAAUCUAUGAUUCCUUGCAGGAAUCCCUUGCAGUCAACUGACGUGUGUGGAGAUAGACAGUGAGGUUGUGCAUUCAUAGCAGCCAGCUUCUGUUUGAGGAACGAGCAAGGGAAGCGGCACCCGGCCAGGAAUAGGUGGGGCAGUGACAAGCUGUAGGGGGACUGAGAUGUACCUCCCUGUACUUAGGUCAUGCAUGUGAUGGUCUCUAAGGCUUGGCAAAGGAUUUCACUGGAGAAAGACCCCAGUGGCUCCUCUUCAAUAACUUCCUGUUGUGAUGGAUGAAGUUGCAGGCUUCCUCAAACUUGGCCCUCCAGAUGUUUUGAGACUACAAUUCCCAUCAUCCCUGACCACUGGUCCUGCUAGCUAGGGAUAAUGGGAGUUGUAGGCCAAAAACAUCUGGAGGGCCGAGUGUGAGGAAGCCUGGUCAAGUGUCUCUGGAAGCAUUAUUUCAUGGCUCAGACUCUUUGCCCUCAAAUCCUUUAAUCUGGCAGUCCCAUUUUCCUCCAUUCAGAUCCCUAGAAACAGAAGGUCCAGUCACCUGGCUCUCUGGUGCUCGCAUGGUGGUCCCAGCUUUGAGCGUCAGCUUCAGGGAUGGCAGUGAGAAUAUUUUCCGUAUGCUUCUCUUCACUAGCUCUGACCUGAGCUGAGUCUAUGGGUGGUUGCAAGGCACUGAAGAGGAAAGAGAAAGAAGGGGAGAGGAAAUGAUCCAAAACUCACAGGAAAAGUGCUAAUUCAGCAGCUGUGGAGCAUAAUUAUGGGUAAGUCCUGGUACAACAUGCACCCAGCAGCAAGGGAGGUGCCAGAAAUAGGUGGGGCAGUGACAUGCUGUAGGGAGACUAUAAGUACCUCCCCGUACUUACGUCUUGUGGGUGAUUGUGUCCAUGGCUUGGCGGAGGACGAAAACAGAGAAAGACCCCAGUGGUUUCUCUUUUAUAACUUCCUGUUGUGGGGGAAGCACACAGCAUGUCAGAGAACUGGAGACACCAUCUCUGCCACCACCACACCAAGCGCGCUCGGGGGUCCAGCACCAGCGGUUGCUUGGUAUAUGAUAAAAAAGAAAAACACUACCGGUAUUUUAUUCCCUGAAUCUAAUUGACUUUUUUCUUUUUCUCUCCAAUUUUAAGGGGGCGGCUUAUAUAUGUCUCCCCCCCCCCCCGAAUUUUAAAGGUGUGGCUUAUCUGCGGAUGUGGCAUAUAUCUGGGCCAAUAUGGUAUAAUCGAGAGAACAAACAACAGGAGUCCAUGGGGAAAUGAGAGCCAUACCUUUCUGACGCUACGGAACUGGAAGAGGACUUCUGUCACAAUGACCACAGGUCUUCUGGCUGUGCCCCAAACGCCAUUUUCCCAUAGGAAAGGAUGGUUCAGGCAUUCCUCUCGACCAUAUUCUGGACGGAAAGAUUGAGAAAAGUGUGUUUGGAAACCUUAAGUGCAGUAGGAAGAAGUCACCAUUAGUUGGGACCUUUUAGCAGUUGGGAAAAUAUUAGUAGUCAGUAAGUCGUGGAGUUGUUGUGCAGACUUACAAGAUUCAUUUUUUCCCUCCAGGAAACUCAUACUACUGGCAAGUCACGUGUCUCCCAUCCUAUAUUUGUGCAUCUGGUUCUUCCUGCCUAAAUGUAGAACCUGACAUUUGUCCCUACUGUAUUUUGUUUUGUAAGUUUGGGCCUUGUUCUCCAAUCUGUUGAGGUCAUCUUGAAUCCCGAUUCUGUCUUUUGCGGCAUUGACUACCCUUCCCAGUUUGGUGUCAUCUGCAAAUUUGUUGAGCAUCCCCUCAAUUUCCUUCGUCCAAGGCAUUUAUUUAAAAACAGGUGAUCAACAACAGGCCCAAGACAGAACCCUGGGGCAGGAUUCAUUCUCUUCCAACACAGCUCUGUUUUUCUAGAUAAUAGGAACCCAGAGGCUGUUUCAUAUGCUUUGGUGUGAAUGUAAACAGCAGCUAAGGACCCAAUCUGCCAGGAUCUUCUCAACCUGUUGCCCUUCAGAUAUGGUUGUGCUACAACUCCCAUCGUGUCUAACCAUUGGCCAUGCUGUCUGGGGCUGAUGGGAGUUCCAGUUCAAAACACACAGAUGGGGAAGGGGCACCAGGUUGGGGAUGGCUGACCUACACUCUUGCAAUGCUCCUUUUUCAUUUGGCACCCUUACCUCAAGCAUCUCAUUCUUCCUAGCUACGACUGUGUGGCCGAAUUCCUUCAGUGCCAUCAAUAUUUGAGAUAUGUGGCAAUAUGAAGCCUAAGGCGGUGUCAUUUUCUUUAUUGCAAUCAGUGAUCAUGAGGGAUGGACGAUAAAUCUGAUUGCGUAAGCACUGAAAGACAAACCUAUCAAGGGGGGGCGCUAGGGGCGCCUUCGAAGAUGGCCGACAAUACCAUCUAUCCAGCUUGUACGAGGUAAUUAGAGGCUGAUUAUGGGGAGUAAAAUCAGUCUCCUUGGGAAGGGGAAGACGCUGUACUCACCCGCGGAUGCCAUAAAUCACCCCCAAGUUCGACUGAAGGAGGGGGUGAGGCACAGGGUGGAAAGCCCUCGAACAGGCUCGGAACUCCUGGAAGCUACUUUCAGGAGCAAAUCUGGUUGCGUUGCUUAAAAAGAAGAAACAAUUGGAGAAAGUAAACGCACAUGCUUCAAGAGAGGUCAGGAGUGUUUUUAUGUGCUAAUUAUUUUACCACUGAGAUGAAGAAGAUUGGGACGGAAGGAAUAGAGAUAACAUCAGAGAAUCGCAGACAUGUUGGUAGGAGGAACGGAAAGGGGGGAAAAGACUUUUUACUUUCUUAUGUGAUUAAUUUAACAACCCUCCCCCUUAAAGAACUGUCUCUGUUUUGACCUGCUAAUAAUUUUACCACUGAGAAUGGGACAGAAGGAACAGAGAUAACAUCAGAGAAUGGUAGACUUUUGGUACGAGGAACGGAACGGAAAGGGGUGCGGGGAAGACUUUCUACUUUUUCAUGUGAUUAAUUUAGAAUCAUAGAAUCAUAGAGUUGGAAGAGACCACAAGGGCCAUCGAGUCCAACCCCCUGCCAAGCAGGAAACACUAUCAGAGCACUCCUGACAUAUGGUUGUCAAGCCUCUGCUUAAAGACCUCCAAAGAAGGAGACUCCACCACACUCCUUGGCAGCAAAUUCCACUGUCGAACAGCUCUUACUGUCAGGAAGUUCUUCCUAAUGUUUAGGUGGAAUCUUCUUUCUUGUAGUUUGGAUCCAUUGCUCCGUGUCCGCUUCUCUGGAGCAGCAGAAAACAACCUUUCUCCCUCCUCUAUGUGACAUCCUUUUAUAUAUUUGAACAUGGCUAUCAUAUCACCCCUUAACCUCCUCUUCUCCAGGCUAAACAUGCCCAGCUCCCUUAGCCGUUCCUCAUAAGGCAUCGUUUCCAGGCCUUUGACCAUUUUGGUUGCCCUCCUCUGGAUACGUUCCAGUUUGUCAGUGUCCUUCUUGAACUGUGGUGCCCAGAACUGGACACAGUACUCCAGGUGAGGUCUGACCAGAGCAGAAUACAGUGGCACUAUUACUUCCCUUGAUCUAGAUGCUAUACUCCUAUUGAUGCAGCCCAGAAUUGCAUUGGCUUUUUUAGCUGCCGCGUCACACUGUUGGCUCAUGUCAAGUUUGUGGUCAACCAAUACUCCUAGAUCCUUUUCACAUGUACUGCUCUCAAGCCAGGUGUCACCCAUCUUGUAUUUGUGCCUCUCAUUUUUUUUGCCCAAGUGCAAUACUUUACAUUUCUCCCUGUUAAAAUUCAUCUUGUUUGUUUUGACCCAGUUCUCUAAUCUGUCAAGGUCGUUUUGAAGUGUGAUCCUGUCCUCUGGGGUGUUAGCCACCCCUCCCAGUUUGGUGUCAUCUGCAAAUUUGAUCAGGAUGCCCUUGAGUCCAUCAUCCAAGUCGUUGAUAAAGAUGUUGAAUAAGACCGGGCCCAAGACAGAACCCUGUGGCACCCCACUAGUCACUCUUCUCCAAAAAGUUGGCAGCUCUACUUGAAAAACCUGGGAGAUGCCCCAGAGUUGGGAAAUCUCCAUCCGUGACUGAUGGGCUGUGGCCUGGCUUGGUGGAUCGCAGGUUAUGCAGGGCAUCUGAGACGCCCUGAGAUUUGCAAGCAAGAUGGAUAUAUCCAUCAGUAACUCACCUGGUUGGCAUGUCACCAGGUGGACUUGGUGUACAUUAGGAUUAGAGCAAUUUUAAAAAUAAAAUAAAAAUAAUAUUAGCGGGAUUAAUGACUCAUCUCUUACUCUUCACAUUCCAGAGAGCAUUCCAGAAGGAUGUCUACCACUGAGUUCUUCCGUUUUGAGACGAGGUUGCACACUGCAGUCUUGAUGUGA